CCGACCUUUGUCACCUCACUACGCUGUUUCCUGCGCGUCGAGUGCUUAAAGGCUUUGCGCCGUGGUAUCUGUCUUCAUACUAACCGUUGGGCAGGCUUGGACACCGCGCCCACGACGCCUCCGCCAUGGACGAGCUGUUCGCCGUCUUCGAGGGCAGCCCGACAUCGAAGGAGCCACGGGCCCCAAAGAAGAGCAAGAAACGUCAAGCAAAUGGCGACGUGAAGUCACCUGCCGAGGACUUGCACAUGGCCGAGGUCGAUGCCGCGCCCGUUCCCGCACCACACGAGACCUUAGAGAAGAACAACACGCAACAAGCUUCAAAACGCCAGAAACGCGACCUUGAGCCUGGACCCGUGCUUACGGAUGCCUUCGAGACUGAGCAGUCGCGCGAAGUCGCUGCCUCGGCUGGCUUGCAGGCACAGCAAGACGGCCAGGCAGUCGUGCUCUCCCACCAAGUCCGCCAUCAGGUCGCCCUCCCGCCCGACUACGACUACAUCCCCAUCUCCGAGCACAAAGCGCCAGAAGAGCCCGCAAAGACUUGGCCCUUCACCCUCGAUCCCUUCCAGCAAGUCUCAGUCGCAUCGAUCCAGCGGAAUGAGAGCGUUCUAGUAUCAGCCCAUACCAGCGCUGGAAAAACCGUAGUUGCCGAGUACGCCAUCGCGCAGUGCCUGAAGAACAACCAGCGCGUCAUAUACACCUCGCCAAUCAAGGCGCUGAGCAACCAGAAGUAUCGAGAGUUCCUGGCCGAGUUUGGCGAUGUUGGACUUAUGACAGGUGAUGUGACAAUCAAUCCAACGGCCACAUGUCUGGUCAUGACUACAGAGAUUCUGCGUUCGAUGCUUUACAGAGGCUCUGAGAUCAUGCGUGAGGUGGCCUGGGUCAUCUUCGACGAGGUCCACUAUCUGAGGGACAAAUCUCGCGGAGUGGUAUGGGAAGAGACCAUUAUUCUCUUGCCAGACAAAGUCCGCUAUGUGUUCCUCUCGGCCACUAUUCCAAACGCGAUGCAAUUCGCCGAGUGGAUCACUAAGACGCACAUCCAGCCGUGCCAUGUUGUCUAUACCGACUUCCGGCCGACCCCGCUUCAGCAUUACUUCUUCCCUGCGGGCGCUGACGGAAUCCAUUUAGUAGUCGACGAAAAAGGGGUCUUUCGUGAAGAGAACUUCCAGAAAGCCAUGACAUCCAUUGCUGAGAAGCAUGGAACCGACGCGGCCGACUUCAUGGCGAAGAGGAAGGGCAAAGGUAAAGACAAGAAGACCAACAAAGGAGGCAACAAGGGGCAAUCUGAUAUUUACAAGAUUGUCAAGAUGAUCAUGAUGAAGAACUACAAUCCAGUUAUUGUCUUUAGCUUCAGCAAGCGUGACUGCGAGAAUUAUGCCCUCUCCAUGAGCACCCUCGCAUUCAACGACGAAUCCGAGAGGAAAAUGGUGUCAAAGGUAUUCAACAGUGCCAUUGAGAUGUUGUCAGAGGAAGACCGUGAGCUCCCCCAGAUCCAGCACAUUCUCCCUCUCCUUCGACGAGGCAUUGGCGUUCAUCACUCUGGGCUUCUUCCUAUCUUGAAGGAAACAAUCGAGAUCUUGUUCCAGGAAGGGCUCAUCAAAGUCCUGUUUGCGACCGAAACUUUCUCUAUCGGUCUCAAUAUGCCCGCAAAAACCGUUGUCUUCACGAGCGUUCGCAAGUUUGAUGGUGUCUCACAGCGGUGGGUGACGCCUUCGGAGUUCAUUCAGAUGUCUGGUCGAGCUGGUCGCCGAGGCCUGGAUGAGCGAGGUAUAGUCAUCAUGAUGAUUGACGAGCAAAUGGAACCGGCCGUGGCCAAGGAUAUUGUCCGUGGAGAGCAGGACAAACUGAACUCUGCGUUUCAUCUUGGCUAUAACAUGGUCCUAAAUCUCAUGAGGGUUGAAGGCAUCUCUCCAGAAUUCAUGCUGGAGCGAUGUUUCUUCCAGUUCCAGAAUACAGCAAGCGUCUCUGGAUUGGAAAGACAACUGCAGGAGCUUGAGAACAAAAGGGCGAACAUGAACAUCACAGACGAGCCCACCAUCAAAGACUACUAUCAACUGCGACAGCAACUAGACACGCACACUAAAGAUAUGCGCGAUGUGAUAACGCACCCAAACUAUUGCCUGCAGUUCAUGCAGUCGGGCCGCUUGGUGAAGAUCAAGUAUAUGGAUCAUGACUUCGGAUGGGGUGCUGUGGUGAACUUCACUUCCCGCAAAGCAGGCAAAGGUGAAGUGCUCACCCCGCAACAAUCUUACGCUGUCGACGUACUGUUAUCCGUCGCGAACGACACCAAGUUUGCCCCACAGUCUAGCGGUGGUCUCCCUCCUGGUGUGCGUCCCCCUGCUCCCGGCGAAAAGGGCAAGAUGGAAAUCGUACCCGUUAUUCUUUCCUGCAUUGACUCCAUUGGCCACCUACGUGUAUUCAUGCCUCCUGAGCUCAAGUCAGUGGAGCAGAGGAACAACGUUCGAAAGGCACUAGAGGAGGUGAUGAAGAGGUUCCCAGACGGCAUCGCGAUCCUUGAUCCCAUUGAAAACAUGGGCAUCACGGAUGAGUCCUUCAAGCGUCUCCUCAGGAAAAUCGAAGUCCUUGAGUCUCGUCUCCUCGCGAAUCCUUUGCACAACUCGCCAAGACUGCCAGAGCUAUACGGUCAGUAUGCGAACAAGAUGGCGGUCUCGGAGAAGAUCAAAGACGUGAAGAAGGAGAUUACAAAUGCUCUCUCUGUGCUGCAGCUGGAUGAGCUCAAGAACCGGAAGCGCGUCCUGCGCCGCCUAGGCUUCAUUGAUGAUGCCGACGUCGUUCAAAUCAAGGCCAGGGUCGCAUGCGAGAUCAGCACUGGCGAUGAGUUAGUGCUCAGCGAGCUUCUCUUCAACCGUUUCUUCAAUGAGCUCACACCCGAGCAAUGUGCUGCAUGUCUGAGCUGUUUCAUCUUCGAGGAGAAGAGCAAGGAAACUCCAACACUAAAGGAAGAGCUUGCGAAACCAUUUCGAGAAAUCCAAGCUCAAGCAAGGAUCAUUGCCAAGGUAUCCCAGGAGAGCAAGCUAACAGUCAACGAGGAAGACUACCUGAACACUUUCAAGAAUCAGCUCAUGGAAGUCGUCUUUGCGUGGUCAAAAGGUGCUUCCUUCGCACAGAUAUGCAAAAUGACGGAUGUAUAUGAAGGUAGUCUUAUUCGUUUGUUCAGACGAUUGGAGGAGCUCCUGCGGCAGAUAGCACAAGCAGCCAAAGUCAUGGGCAGUGAGGAGCUGGAGCAAAAGUUCACGACGGCUCUGGACAUGGUCAGGAGGGACUUGGUUGCAGCUCAGAGUCUGUACUUGUGAUGGAGCCUUGGUUUUGCAACGAGCGUGUAUAUUAAGGGAGUCCGGCGUCGGUAUGGGCACAUUCUAGGGCAUCUUCACGGGGCAUCAGGUCGAUACCUUUCUUCCCUUCAUGCAGCUCGUAAUGAGCGGGCUUUUAUGCAUGCAUGAAGCAAUGCCAGCAGUAAGCGAGCACUGGCGCUGCCGUUUCUAAAAAAGGAACGGCAGUCGGCGACCAAUUUUGGAUAAGAGUCUGCGAACACUGAUGAUGGCGGGCAAAUACAGUAUG